AAACUGGUCGCAAAAAAUGGAAAGCAAAUAGAUGAAUAAGUUUUCGUUUAGAAACCUAAGGUUGGAAUUGAUUGGACUAUUUUAAAACGAAACGAUAUUGUUUAUGCCAAUCAUUAUUGGACUUAUCAUCAUCUCAAUCAGGACUUAUCUCUGAAACAAGUUGGCAAUUCUUUGGAAAAUUCUUAAGGGACAAUCUCCAUGGUUUCACCAAGUGUUGUCCCUUAUAUUUUUCUGCUACUUUUUGUUGGAUGCUCGGCGAGACCUCUCUACCCACUUCCUGGCAGAAGAAAUGAUAGAAAUAAACAGCCUUUACAAACAUUUCGAGCGUACAACAUUGCACACCGAGGUUCAAAUGGAGAAAUUCCUGAAGAAACUGCAGCAGCAUACAUGAGAGCUAUUGAAGAGGGUACUGAUUUCAUCGAGACAGAUAUUUUAGCAUCUAAAGACGGUGCUCUUAUAUGCUUCCAUGAUGUCACCCUCGACGAUACAACUGAUAUAACAAAUCACAAGGAGUUUGCUAAUCGGAAGAGGACCUAUGAGGUUCAAGGGGUCAACACUACUGGAUUUUUUCUCGUUGAUUUCACCCUUGAAGAAUUGAAGCUUCUGCGAGUAAAGCAAAGAUAUCCUUUCAGAGAUCAGCAAUAUAAUGGAGAAUUUUCUAUUAUUACUUUUGAUGAGUUCAUCUCAAUUGCAUUGGAUGCCCAUAGAGUAGUUGGAAUAUAUCCAGAGAUAAAAAAUCCAGUCUUUAUCAACCAACAGGUUAAAUGGCCAGGCGAUAAGAGAUUCGAGGACAAGUUUGUUGAGACGCUGAAGAAGUAUGGAUACAGAGGUUCAUAUAUGUCAAAGCAAUGGUUAAAGCAGCCUGCAUUCAUUCAAUCUUUUGCUCCAACGUCACUAAUUUACAUAUCAAAUCAAACAGAUCUGCCUAAGAUCUUCCUCAUUGAUGACGUGAAUAUGCCAACACAAGACACCAAUCAGUCAUAUUGGGAGAUUACUUCAGACAGUUAUCUCGACUUCAUCAAGGAAUAUGUGGUGGGGAUUGGGCCUUGGAAGGACAACAUAAUUCCUGUUUCUAGCAAUUAUCUGCAAACACCUUCUGAUCUCGUAGCAAGAGCACAUGCCCAUAAUCUACAGGUUCAUCCAUACACUUUCCGGAAUGAGAACAAAUUCUUACACUUCAACUUCAGUGAAGAUCCGUACAAUGAGUAUGACUACUGGAUAAACAAGAUAGGCGUCGAUGGGCUCUUCACAGAUUUCACAGGCAGCCUUCACCAUUAUCAGGAAUGGACCAAUCCAUUUGCAUCUGGAGAAAAAGAAGCAACUAGACUUCUGCAUAAGAUUGAAUUGAUGCUCUCCAAGUUCAAAUACUUCAACUGAGAUCAAUUGCAUUUAACAUUGUCUUAUCAAGCCAAUGCUAUUUAUAGGUCUAUGUAUAUACCAUCUGGCUUUCCUUAUUUAACAUUGCUAUUUAUUUGACUCCCUAGGAAAUUUGAUAAAGUAAUUCGACUUGUUACUUAUUACAUUACAAAAAACAGUGGAAUAUAUUGAUUUUAGGGUGUGUUUGGUAUGAAAGGAAAAUGUUUUCCUAGAAAA